UGUUCGCGCAGUCGCGUUUGUCAUAACAACGGUAGUCAACAACAUGGUGGACAGGAUGAAUUAUUCAAGAUGCUUGACAAGUUCAUGGUGAAGAAGGAAAUACAAUGAGUGAUCCAGACGCGGAGGGGGAGAGGGGGGUAAGGGAGAAACAAGAAGAUGAGAACAACACUGAUGAACCAGUGGCUCUGGUCAAUAAUGGGGAGGGGCAGGCAACAGAUGGAAACGUUCUAGAAAUGGAAACUGGUCCAACAGAGACUGUGGAGGCAGAUAGAGAUGAAGAUCAACCUGCUGUUCCUGGGGUUGGUGCAGAUGUGGAAGAUAACACUGUAGAUGGUGGCCUAGGGCUGAGCCUGCAGCCUGAUAUAGAGGAAUAUUCUCCUGCAAUUUCUGCAUUACCACCAAGGGUUGUCAAACAAGAAGAAAAUCAGGUUGAGGUUUCUGCCAGUCCAGCCUUUCAAUGUCUUGAUGAGCUGUUUCAAGAGGGAAAACUCACAGGCACCAAAGUUGCAUUCUUGAAAGCAAAAUACACAGAACUUCAUGAAACAUUGAAAAGCACUCGUGAUAGUGAAGCCAAACUAUUACGAGAGGCAAAAGACAGCACAGGUGAGCUGGAGCGACAGACAGUGGAACUGGAGAAAGCAGACAACUUCCCAGAGAGUUCUAACUCUGAAGUGUCUAAAAUGAGAGAGCAGCUUCUCAAGUAUCACAAUGAACUAGCACAGGCAGAGGAAAGACAGUAUCAACUCGAGUAUAAGAUAGAGACGCUUGAAGAAGAGAGGAAGAUUGUUGAAAGGGAGUUUAAUCGGCUGCCCAAACAAGGGGAAGUUGAGAAAAAAAUUAAAGAGCUUCAGAAUGGCACCGAGGAGAUGAAAAAAGAGAUCCUUCAACGGCAGGCAGAGAAGAAGACUCUGGGUGAAGAUCUGGAGUCCACACAACGACAGAUUACCACUGAUAAGAAGGAGUAUGAGAAACUUAUAGAUGAACUGGAAAAAUUUAAGGCAAAUUUGGUGCAGAUCAACUCCUUACCAGGACAAACUGCUAAAGAGGCCGACAAAAUACAGCGACAAAAGAAUGUUGUGAUGACCAAUCUGGAGGCUCUGAACACAGAGUACAGAGAGCAUGUUGAAGUCGCCAAAAAACUGGAGCAAAAGAAGAAGUUGUUGGAGGAAGAGAAACUGGAGGCAGACACUGAGCUGGAUAACCAGAGAGAUAUGCUGAAUGAGAGAGAGAGGGAGUAUGAGAGUAAGAUGAAAGAAUUUGAGCUGCAGAAGGAGAGAGAAGUCACUUUGAUGGGAGACAGGGCAACGUAUGAUAUGAACCUACGUCACAUUCUGCUGGAGAAGAAAAACCAGCACGAUGUCCAUUCUCGCAAAACUCGUGAGAAGGAUCGAGACAACAGGAACUUGAAAAAAGCCGAGCUGCAUGUCAAAGUGGCUGACGAAGGGUUGAAUCAUACAAAGUCCAUUUAUGAAAAGUUGAAGUCACAGGUUGGAGGACUUCCCAAAGAUGAUGGAUCAAUGCUCAAGAAACGCGAGGACCUACAGAAGGAAGUGGACCAGACUAAGCGUGCUCUCGCUCAACAGAACUCUUUGACUGCUGUGGAGCAUGUGAAGUUGGAGGCCAGCGCUGCUGAAGAACAAAACUUGUUGUAUGAGCAGAGUGAUUUGAGGAUCGAGGUUGUUGAGCUAACCAGAUUGGCCGCCAUCAAGGCAGAUGAAAGAGAGCAGAAAGCGAGGGACUUCAUGCGGGCAGAGAUGAAGUACCACAGGGCUGUGGAGGAUCUCAAGACCAAACAGCUGCAGAUACAAGACCACCAGAAAAAGUUCCAGGAAAUGCAGAUAAAAUUGAAGGAUUUUGCAAAAAUGUAUGAUGUGAUCAAAAACGAAAGAAACAAAUGUGUGAACCUCAUCCAGACAUCAACACAGAAGGCAGCAGAAAUGAAGGAAAAGAUCAAAAUCUUGCACAAUGAGAUUGAGAUCCUACGCACAGCUGUCAUGCAGAAAGACAAAGACUUGCAGAAACAUCGGCUAAAGAAAAUGAACGCCAUUGUAAUGCGGGACUCUUUGCGCAAUGAGAUGGCUAAACAGCAGCGUCUAGAGGAGGAGAUGAGAGAGAAGCGAGAGCAGCAGAAGAUGGACAUGCAAAAAUUGAACCUCAUGAUCAAUCAGGGCGAGGAACAAAUGGUCAAACUGCGCAAAAGAUAUGAGAAGAAUGUCCAGCACAGAAAUGACAGGGGCAUCAAGCUUAUUGAAAGGAAUGAGGAAGUUUGUGUGUUCUACGAGAAAGUCAACAUCCAAGAUCAAAUGGUAAGAAAUGGAGAGGUGGAGCUGAAGAGCAAGGAGGAAGAGAUUCGGUUCCUUGAGCUGCAGCUACAGGAGGAGAAGCGGUCGGUGCAGCUGUUGCAUAAAGCCAUGCCCAACAAAGUGAACAUGGAGAAGGAACUGGUCACUUUGCAGAUACAGCUGCAACAAUGCCAAGACCGUAUGUUGGAGCUGGAGAAAGACUUGGAGAAUCCUUACGAUGAGACUCGGGUGCGGUAUCUCACUGGGAAAGACCCGUCACCUGGUGAAAUCCAGGGGAAAGUGGAAGAGCUGGAGACAAGAUUAGCGGAGAAAGAGGAACAACUCUUGGAAAAAGAUUUGAUCUUCGAGCAAGUAGAGAGGCUUGUCGGCCGCAUCCGUAACAAGGCAGAAGUGGGCAAAGACGACACACUGAACUUGGCCAAGAGUGUGAAUGGUGUUCAAGCUCGAAUCAAAGAGACAACUCGUAAGAUGAUGGCGCUGGUGUCGGAGCUGUCCAUGAACCAGGCGCAGGCCAUGAGACUGCAGCAGGAGGUGAAGGAGAAGGAGGGAGAGCUCGAGCAAUGUUACCUGCGCAUGGAGAAAGGGGAGCCGCCCUCGCAGGAAUUGGAGCUAGAGUGGCAGCGCAUGAUCAGGGAUGUUCAGCGCAGGAUGGAGGAUGGAGAGAACAGAAGAAUGAUGGAGGAGGAAGAGGAGCAGUACAAGAUUGCAGGUGGAGUCUACACCACAGCCGAGCCAAGACCAAACGCCUACAUUCCUGACGAUGAAAGCGAACUCCCCAUCCCCCGCCCCUAUGGUGCACAUGCUCCUUUCAAACCCAGCGAGGCGGGUUCAACAAUGAGACAUGUCCGGAAACCUGUGCCAAAGCCUAUUGAAAUUUAAAACCAAGACAUCAGAAUAAUAGCGUCUUAUUUUUCUUUCUGAGCAUCUUAACAGUGUUUUCAAAUCCUCUGCAUAGAUGAAUCUUUGAGCUGAUGAAGAUCAAUGACCCUCUCAUUAUUGCCCCCCCCCUUUCCCCUUCAAAGUUUGAUGCAUUAUAUCUGAACUGUUUGCUUUUUUGCACUAGUUUUAGGACUUAAAUAUGUUGUGUUUUAAGGAUAGUUGUGGGUGGAGUGUCUUAUAAUAGUCGUUUGUGGGACUCUUCUGUCACUUCAUAGAUAGCUGUUAUAAUAUCUGGCUAAUUACAGUAAUGCAUGCCAGCAGCAGUGAGCACGAAGAAUGUGAUAAAAGAUACACCCUCUAUAGCAUAUUCUUAAGUUUCAAAAGUUUAUGAAGCUGAACAAGCAUUGCUCUGCUACAAGCUUUUCAGAUUACUGUCUGUAUAUUUUUUAGAAUUUUGAAUACAGUUCUGUGAUGUCCAAAGAGCAUAUUAUCAAAGAAUGGAUUUUACUGAGAGCAAGAGGGUUUCAGUUGGGUGGAUCAGUUAAUUUUUCUCCACUGGUAAUGUAUCAGUUUCUUCUAUCAUCUCGUGCAAAGGGCUGCAGAAGGCUGCGUUCCCACUGACACCCUGCCACUUGUGUAGGUCAUGCUUUUGUGUGAGAGAAAGGUUAAGCUUCACCUGCUGUUGGGAAGUGGGCAUAUUAUAUAUAUAAUUAAAAUAUUAUUCCCCUGCAACAGUAUGGUAAAAGUAACCAGUGUACAGAUGUGAUGUACAGAGUUGUUGUUGUUGUUAUCGAUCCAGCAACAGCUGGGCUCUCGCCCUUCUGUCCAAUGCCAUGUAGUGAUAAGUG